GGAGUUUCCUGAAAAGGGCAGGACAGUUCAAAUAUAAUAAGCGUAAAAAACUUUGGAGGACAAGUGAAUUUCAACAGCAGAUUACCAAUGGUCAACAAGACAUCUUUGUCGUCAUACAAUGGAUAAGGUAGAUCAAGUCCUGUCCGAGUUCAGGCUGAAAAAAGAAGAACUGAAAGAGAUCAUGAAGAGGAUGCAGAGAGAGAUGGACAGAGGAUUGCGUUUAGAAACGCACGAAGAAGCCAGCGUCAAAAUGUUGCCCACCUAUGUUUGCUCCACUCCAGAGGGAUCAGAGGUGGGCGACUUCUUGGCUCUGGACCUUGGAGGGACCAACUUCCGUGUGAUGCUGGUCAAGGUGGGUGCAGACGAGGAGAGGAGCUGGAAGGUAGAGACCAACAACCAGAUGUAUUCCAUUCCUGAAGAUACCAUGACUGGGACGGCUGAGAUGUUGUUUGACUACAUCGCUGAGUGCAUGUCCGACUUUUUGGACAAGCACAAUAUCAAGCACAAGAAGCUUCCUCUGGGUUUUACCUUCUCCUUCCCAGUGCGCCACGAGGACCUGGACAAGGGAAUCCUCCUCAACUGGACUAAAGGUUUCAAGGCUUCUGGGGCCGAAGGAAACAAUAUUGUUGGUUUACUCAGAGAAGCUAUCAAGAGACGCGGGGACAUUGAGAUGGAUGUGGUUGCCAUGGUGAAUGACACAGUAGCCACCAUGAUAUCAUGCUACUAUGAGGACCGCAGCUGUGAAGUCGGCAUGAUUGUUGGUACAGGUUGUAACGCCUGCUACAUGGAAGAGAUGAGGACGGUGGAGCUGGUGGAAGGCGAAGAGGGCCGCAUGUGCGUGAACACAGAGUGGGGGGCGUUCGGAAACAACGGUGAACUGGAGGAGUUCAGGCUGGAAUAUGACAGAGUGGUGGACGAGACCUCCAUCAACCCUGGACAGCAACUCUUUGAAAAGCUGAUCAGUGGGAAGUACAUGGGCGAGCUGGUGAGGCUGGUCACGAUGAAGCUGGUUAACGAGAACCUGAUGUUUAACGGUGAGGCCUCAGAGAUCCUAAAGACACGUGGCAGCUUUGAGACGCGCUACGUCUCGCAGGUGGAAAGUGAUUCGGGGGAUAAGAAGCACAUUUUCAACAUUCUGUCCUCGCUGGGCGUGCGGGCCUCCGAGCUGGACUGCGACAUUUUCCGUCUGGUCUGCGAGAGCGUUUCGACUCGUUCGGCGCACAUGUGCGGCGCGGGCUUGGCGGCUGUCAUCAACCUGAUGAGGGAGCGACGCAGCCAAGACGCCCUGAAGAUCACCGUGGGAGUGGACGGCUCCGUUUACAAGCUUCACCCGUGUUUUCGAGACAGGUUCCACAAAAUUGUCAGGGAGCUCACGCCACAUUGUGAGAUCACCUUCAUCCAAUCAGAGGAGGGCAGCGGGCGAGGGGCGGCUCUCAUCUCAGCAGUAGCCUGCAAGAUGGCGGCUUGUUUGCUAAAACAGUGAAAGACUGAGCAGGCUGGCCACUAAACUUUUAACAUAAAGAAGUGCGCUUCACCAUAUUUGUUUAGAAGGCACCCUCAAUACAUUUACAUUUUGCACCUAUAACCAUCACCUAGGCAUAAAAGCUUGCUCAAAAUCAUUUUCUAAUUUGUCCUUUGGCAUUGAUGAAUAUUUAUAAGAGUGUAUAGUGCAAGGUAGACAAUUCCUACUUUGUAAAUAUGGUGUAUCUAUCUGUAUGUCUUAAACCAAACGUGUUGCUUUAUUGUUUUGUGGGUUGAGAUUUAGGCAACAAAUGUAUCUUUAUCUUCAUAGUGAAAAAAUUUAAUUGGUAAGAAAAGUUGCUCUGGACAUGUGAUGGAAUAAAGGUUGCAACAUAGAGUAAAUGAUAGAAGAGUGUAGGCCAGUAAUGGUUGGGAGCAUAGACCAGGGGUCCCCACACUUUUUGACUCGGGGGCUGCAUUGGGUUAAAAAAAUU